AUUCGUUGCUGAUCAGUCUUUUGUGAAACAUUCUUAGUUGUUAAUCUGGUGUUUGAAUCUGGGGUUUUCUCUUUCACUAUGAAUUAUACACUGAACAGAAUGCUACAACUUCAAAUAGUUCAUUAACCAGCUAGAUUAGGCCAUAUAAACCCUAAUUCACCUUCUAUUAAAAACCCGACCCCUCCCCUCCUCCUCUCACCACCGCCACCUCCGCCACAACAUGCACCUCCUCAACUCUUCUCUCCCUUCUCCUACUUAACUGAAUUGAAUAACCCUGACUUCCAUCAAUGCCCGUAGCAGAACCAAUUUUUCCGUUUUUUAGCUUUCUGGACAUAUUUCAGCAAAUUUGCAUUAGUUUUUCAAUAUGUUUACUUCUUUGUUUAUGCUAAAGUUCAAAUGUAACGAAUGAGGGCAAAGUGAUGUGCCAACUUGGGCCUUUGGUUUAUCUGCACAGUGAUAUGAUAAUGAGUUAUUGAUAUGUAUACCUAUAAGGGGAUUAAUUGUGGGGAAGUAUGAUUGAUUCUGAUUCAGCAGAGGUCUACGAUUUGCACUUUAAUCACGGUGUCUUCGAAUCACACUUUUGUACAGUUUGAUGUAAAGUGCUUAUUGUGAACUUUGCAGUUUGAUACUUGCAUAGAUUUUCUGAUCUUCUGUAUUUAAAUAAAUAGACAUUUUCCUUUUUUCUAACUGAUGUAACCUUUUAUUUUUAUUAUUUUCUCUUUUCUUCUAGAUUGUGGUGCUUUAGAAGGUGCUGUUCAGAUACGUUGUGAAUUGGAAGUCCUCCUGUUUCAUCCAUUGCUGUGGUUUGUCAUAAAGGAGAGAAUCUAUUUCUAGCCAUAAUUAUUCCAUGACUCAUUUUUUUCACUGAACACAAAACCAUGAAGUUGAUAGCACUUGCCAGAUCUAUUCGAUCUCGUCCAACACUCACUGAAGUAAUUGGACCUUUGCAGUUUCGUUCUUUCCAGCCUGAUUUUGUUCCCAGAGAUCCUAAAGCCAAGCCCAGAAAGUACAAAUAUCCAGCAUUCUAUGAUCCAUAUGGCCCGAGGCCCCCACCCUCUGAUAAAGUUGUUCAGCUCGCUGAACGCAUUGCUGCAUUGACUGUUGAUGAACGCAAGCAAAUUGGACCUACUCUUACCGAGAGGCUAAGGCAUCCAAAGUUGCAGCCAAUUUCAACAGAAGGCAUGGACUUGGGUGCAGAGGGAGGGGCAGCUGCUGGAUCUGCAAAAGUCGAAGAAAAGAAGGAAAAGACAGCUUUUGAUGUGAAAUUAGAGAAAUUUGACGCAGCUGCAAAAAUCAAGGUCAUUAAAGAAGUGAGGGCUUUCACUACUUUGGGCUUGAAGGAGGCCAAGGACCUGGUUGAGAAGGUACCUGUUCUACUUAAACAAGGGGUCACUAAAGAAGAGGCAAAUGACAUAAUAGAGAAGAUAAAAGCCGCAGGAGGAGUUGCAGUUAUGGAAUGAAAAUGUCAAGUCACAUUGUACCAGCUAUUGUUGGUUCUGUUGUACUUGGUGACUUUUGUUGUCCAGAGAAUGAUGGAUUAUCUGACAUAUUCUCAAUGAAUUUUGCCAUGUUGAAUGGGCAGCAAUUUUUUAUAGAGAUUUGAAGAAAUAAUUAGAUUUCAUCUUCCUCUUUUGC